GGAAGGGGCGGAGGGAGCGGCUGGGAGGUGCAGAGGCCCAGCUGAGAGCGCUUCGCAGCACGUGAUGAGGGAGGGCUCGCCUCUUACCUCCUCUCGCAUGAGCCGGGGGUUGGUCUUGCGGCCCCCCAUCCCGCCUCCUUUCCCUCCCCGGCCGGUCCUGCAGCACGCGCUCCGCUCGCACUAUUGUGCCCUCGCAUGUUGGGGGGUGCGUUUGGCGCUCCCCAUUUAAAGCCGCCGGUUUAGAUUUUAUUUGUGUAGAAGGGAUCAACGCCGCCGAUUUUUGAUUUUACUUGGGUAGAAGCAUUUAUUAAGCCGGCGCACCCACGCGAAGGUCCUGGGCGAUCCCUGCUGCUGUGGAAGCAGCCCGGGCCCACAGGGAGGAUUUUUUUUUUCCAUUUUCCCCCCGUUUUUGCACUACGAGAAGCGACCCGAGAAGCCGCGGCUAAGCAAAAAAAAGUCAGCGAGCCAGAGGGAUAAAGAGCAACGGCAAGCGGGGAGAGGUGGGCGAAGCCAUGGUCCUGCGCUGCGCCCCUGAACGCAGUUUGCAGUAAGCCCUUCACCUGCUGAGAAGAAACCUUAUGAUCCGUAGCCUAUUUACUGGUUUUGUUUGAGAAGUUUCUACUAUGACUGUUCAUGAGAAAUACCUGCACAGUUGUAAGUAACCUGUGGUUUCUCCUUCUCCACCCCCACAGGCAAUACUGAAUGGUACACAACUUGAGGAGAUCUCCUAGCAACCUUCCUUAGGCAUCCUGCCUGCUUUUAACUGGAAAGCAGGAAAGAGGCCAGGCAAUUGAUGAGUUUGCCUUGGGAGUGUAUACAGAGGUGAAAUUGAAGGCGAACAUGGGUCAGAAGGUCACAGGAGGAAUAAAGACUGUGGACAUGAGGGACCCAGCAUACCGGCCCCUGAAACACGAACUCCAGGGUCUGGACUACAGCAAGCCCACUCGGCUGGACCUGCUAUUGGACAUGCCUCCGGUGGCCUACGACAUCCAGCUGCUCCACUCGUGGAACAAUGACGACCGGUCGCUGAACGUCUUCGUCAAAGAGGAUGACAAACUUAUCUUUCACCGGCAUCCGGUGGCCCAGAGCACGGACGCCAUCCGGGGCAAGGUCGGCUACACCCGGGGGCUGCACGUGUGGCAGAUCACGUGGGCGAUGAGGCAGCGGGGCACUCACGCCGUCGUCGGGGUGGCGACCGCGGACGCGCCCUUGCACUCGGUCGGGUACACGACCCUCGUGGGUAACAACCACGAGUCCUGGGGCUGGGACCUGGGGCGCAAUCGGCUGUACCACGACGGGAAGAACCAGCCCAGCAAGACCUACCCCGCCUUUCUGGAGCCGGAUGAGACAUUCAUCGUGCCGGACUCCUUCCUCGUGGCCCUGGACAUGGACGAUGGGACCCUGAGCUUCAUUGUAGACGGCCAGUACAUGGGCGUUGCCUUUCGUGGACUCAAGGGGAAAAAACUCUACCCGGUUGUGAGUGCAGUCUGGGGCCACUGUGAAAUACGGAUGCGCUACUUGAAUGGACUUGAUCCAGAACCACUGCCCCUGAUGGACCUCUGUCGCCGCUCGGUGCGCCUCGCUCUGGGCAAGGAACGUUUGAGUGAAAUUCACACGCUGCCUCUGCCAGCCUCCCUCAAGGGCUACCUGCUCUACCAGUGACCGCCGGCCGGCUCCAGGACUCCCUCCGCCACGUAGCUGCCUUCAGGAAUACCAACCAGUGCCCACCUGAGGAGCCUUCCCUCCUGGGUCUCUCCUCCCCUGUUCCCCUGGCCUCGUUGGGCUGAAGUUCCCUCCAUCACUUCCCCCCAGUCCUCCCCACUGCCCACUGUAAUCACUGAAGCUCCUUCAGUCACCUCCACCGGCCCCCCACUGUUCUCUCUGCUGUUGGUCCUGCCCACCAGAGCCCAUGCCAAAUUCCUGCUAACCCCAGAACCAAUGAGGCCUUCUCUCCAUCCCUGGAAAUGGCCUCUGUGCCAAGAGAGGCUGAGCCUCCUGCAGACUGUCUUCAUCCUCCUUAAAAAAAAAAAAAAUCAACAAUGGAAUAAACACUUAGAGGGAUUAGCUCUUUAGCUCUGGGAUUAAGAGACCUCUCCACCUCUGCCCAGAGAGAAAGACACCCUCUUAGCAUCCCAAACUUUAUCAAAGACUAGAGGGAAACCAUCUCCAGAGAGGAGCUGGAGAGAUGCUUUCAGCCCAUUGGCAGUCCCAGAGCUAUCCGGGGCAGGCCUGGGCCAGAAAAAGAAAGUGUCGCAGUAGGUUAAGCUUCUAACACCAAAAAUGCAUCAUGGAGCCUUUUGAACACAAAGCCUGGACCUGGACAAGGUGGAUAAGCAGCAGCUAGUUUCACUCCCAUGAGGGAUGUUCUCACCCUGCAUCCUCUCUAUUUAUUCUCUAAAUAGACAAAAAAGAGUCCGUUAUUUAUUCUACAUAGAAAAUCUUUGUUCUGUCCCUUCUGUCCGCUGGGUCCCUCUUAUUCCGGCCAUGCCUGACCCCGGUCCUCCUCACCCUCCACCCCUGCCAACCUCCUUUUCUGGCACCCAGAUGGACGUUUCUUAGUUGACCUGUGGUUUUGGAGAGGGUUUGGGCAGCGGCGGAGGCCUGCUGCCCUGGGUUCCUCCAUGACUGGAGGUGCCACGUGCAAUAUGGACGUCUUCAUCGGACCCACCUGGAUCAACACACAGGAACCCUACCCUCCUUUCCUACACCCACCCACCUUUUUGCUCUCAUACAGGGUCUACUUCUGUUGGGAGAGUGGGGCGGGGUAUAUGUGCUAAAGUGUUCCUGAAAACAAUUUGGCCAAAGAGCAUCCUCCACUUGGGAAAACCGCCUGAAAGUUAUUUCCGUUGGGGGUUCUCGGGCAGCUUCCGUGUCUGCUGGGGCAACCCCCUGCUCCCGUGGCAGAAAGCCAGGCUGGCCCUUUUGGCCAGUGGUGAGGGAGGAAACAUCAAGGCUCACCUCUCUCCCAGCGGGACAGAGCCGGAGAGGGGAGACUGAUUCCUACCCUCCUCGUCAGGAAUUCUGGCGGAAGAGACAGAAGUCGGGAAGGCCGUUCGGCUCCUCGUUCAAACCUGGCCCGUCUCGCGACUCCAAGCUAAAAUGCUCUCCUGCUGCUGCUCCCGCCACCACCACCACUGCCAACCACAAGGAGGGAUCUUCCAAAUAACUCCAGGCCUCCCUAGUGUUGCUCCCAAGUAGCAGUCCAUGAUGCCACCUUGUUUUGCACAUUUCUUCUGUCUCCACCUCUUUUCUUGGGAUCCAAAUUUCAUUCAGUUCUGUACAGGUACAAUAGAUGACUUUAUUUGUUUAAAAUGUUUAAUAUAUACUUGUCUGUAUACAAGAUGUGUUUUUAAACAGCUGCUGUAGGGUACCUUUUUUUAAAAAUCUACUUGUAGAGUAUAUUUUUGAAAGCCCAGAAUUGGUGCCAAGACCACCCCCUCUACCCCCUUUAUUAUUGUUUGGGACUGUCUGGGGGAGGGAGGGGAAUCUUCCAUUCUCUUGCCGGUUGGGUAUCCUCCACAUGUUGCACAGGAGAGAAUUGAGCCCUUCCGGAUGAUAGCUUUAUGCCUUGACCAGUUGUCUUCCAGCAUACUGGGAAGUGUGGGGGAGAAAGGGUCUUUCCCAUUUCAGGUCCCUGCCCAGGUCCCCUCCCUUCCCCCAACAUGGUUGCUUGUACAGUUUUCAGUCUCUUCACUUUCUACUUUAUGGCUGUAGAUAAUAUUCCGUAUCCUAAUAAUGAAAUAAAAUUUAUUAAAUAUGAA